AUGGCGGCUUCCACUCCCUUAGACAUCACACCGUUGAUUCAGAUCAACUCACCAGUGACCAUUGGCAUCUUGGUUGUCGUCUUCGCCUACGUCCUCUACCUAUGGGCGCUCCCAAAGCCGAUUCCAGGACUGCCCUGUGACCCUGAUGCAUCCAGCAGCCUUCUGGGGAGCGUCCCCAGCAUGCUCCGCCUCCAGUCCGAGACGGGUGCGACAUUUGUCGACUACAUGAUCCACCAGUCCAAGAAGCUCGACUCGCCCAUCUUCCAAGUCUUCCUCGGCCCGCUGACGCGGCCGCACGUCGUGGUGGCCGACUUCCGCGAGUCUCAGGACAUCCUGCUGCGCCGCCGCGAGUUCGACCGCGCCGUCGAGUCGAUGCGCAGCGUCUUUGCCGGCAUGAUCCCGCACCACCACAUCCACAUGAAGACCGACGCGACAUGGAAGGCCCACCGCUACCUGCUGCAGGACAUGUUGCUGCCCGCCGUCAUGUCGAGCGUCGCCGGCCCCGCCAUCUACGCGAACACGACGGAGCUGAUUACGCUCUGGCGGCUCAAGGCCCAGAUCGGCGGCGGCCGCCCCUUUGACGCGCACAAGGACGUCUUUCAGGGCGCCCUCGACGCCAUCCUGGGCGUGGCCUUUGGCAAGAGCUUCCAGCACCACGCGAUCCGGCCCAAGGUCGACCUGCUCCGCAGCCUCGACAAGGCCGAGAUUGCACGGCUCGGCCUGGACGCCACUUCCGACAACCUCGACGAGCCGGUCGACUUCCCAGAGGGUCCCAAGGACAAGGUCAUCGCCGCGAUCCUCGACCUCGCCGACUCCCUCGACGGCAUGCCGGCCGCGGCGUUCCCCACGCUGAAGUGGGCAUGGCUGUCGCGAACGCCUCAACUCCGGCGCGCCAUCAAGGACAAGAGGGACUUCAUCGUGCGGGAGAUCGAGACGGCGCUGGAGCGGCAGAAGACCGGCAAGGCCGAGACUGACAAGCGGGCGCCGGUGCGGUCUGCGGUCGACCUGAUGGUGCGCAAGGAAAAGGAGCUGGCCGAGAAGGGCAACCGACAGCCGCAGUAUCUGUCGCCCGUGAUGAUUGAUGAGAUCUUCGGCUUCAUCGUCGCCGGCCACGACACGACGAGCACGACGGUCAACUGGGGCGUCAAGAUCCUUGCCGACCACCCGGAGAUCACACGACGCCUCCGCGCCGCCCUCCAGCAGUGCCACCACCGCGCCGUGGCCGAGAACCGGAACCCGACCGCGGACGAGAUCCAGACGUCGCGCAUCCCGUACCUCGAGGCCACCAUGGAGGAGCUGCUGCGGUGCGCCGGCACAACGCCUAGCGUGGACCGUGUGGCCCUCGCCGACACCGAGGUCCUCGGGCACCCGAUCUCCAAGGGGACCAUGGUCAUGAUGCUCGGGACGGGGCCGAGCAUGCUGCAACCCGGCUUCGAGAUCCCGGAGGCCAAGCGGAGCCCGACGGCGCAGGCCGCCAAGAAGGAGGGCAAGGCGCGCGCCUGGGACCAUGGCGACAUUGCGGCCUUCAGGCCGGAGCGCUGGCUCGCCGCCGACGGGAUCGAGUUCGACGCUACGGCGGGCCCGCAGCUCAGCUUCGGCCUGGGCGGGCGGUCGUGCUUCGGCAAGAAGCUGGCGUACCUGGAGCUAAGGAUCAUCGUCACGCUCAUCGUGUGGAACUUUGAGCUGCUGCCGUGCCCGGAGAAGCUUUCCGGAUACGCCUCGAUCAUCGGCAUCACCAACAAGCCGCUGGAGUGUUACGUGCGGUUGAAGGACGUCAAGCUGGGCGAGGGCGUUUGA